CUGGGCUUGGGACUUAGCGGGGGCGUGGGACUUAGGCUCCCUCCUGAAGCAUUUCCCAAUAGAGACCUCAGUCCGGUCACCAUAGGGACCCCACCCCUUCUCUGUUUCCAUGGGGACGGGUAUCCAGCCCCCCUUCCCUGUUUCCAUGGAGACCCGGACCCUGCCCCUCCUGUCUGCGCUUGGAGACCCCCAGCUGGUCUUCGGAUUUUUCUGUGUGGCCCCGUACUGGGCACUGUCCCAGACAGGUUCAUUUACCCAGCCUCCUCUCAAGGGGGCUCUGUUCGCACUCCUCUUGGCCACCCUCAAACCUCCCGGUCUUGUUUGUUCCGGACAGUUGGUCUCUGCGUUGCCGCUGAGGGUGCCGGGGCAGCCCACUGGGGCCCUCGGUGCUCUUCUCUCUCUUCUCAGAUGCAGCGAAAUGUACAUCUAUGGGGUUGCAUAAGCCAGAGCUAGGGGUCGGGCCGGUACCUCCCGGAUCGGAUCCUUUGGCCUGUCUUUGGUAACUCUCUAGCCACCCCACUAAGUAAAGGCUCACUCUCUAACCCAGAGCAAAAGAGAAAGACUUUAUGUGCAAAGCCAGACUGAAAACUAAAAGGGAUAUGCUGAUUAUUUUAAAAUUCUCUGUUCUGCCUGCCAAACCCACAUUUGUAGAGCUUGUGUUUGUAGAUGAAGGAAGAAUCACUAUUCCAGAACAUGAAAGCUUCAAAUAUGGUAUUUUUCUCAAGAGAAUAUAUCUUCCCAAGAUAUUAUCUUCACGAGAGUGUAUGUUGUCAUGUCUUUCAUUCAUUUAGCUGACAUUUCCUGCGCUUCCAGUAUCAGUGUGUUAUGCUAGGGGCUGUGGAAACAAAAAUAAUAAGUAAGACUCAAUUCAUUCAGGGAUGAGAGCCCAUUAUACAGCCAUAACUUCUGACACCAUAUUGUUUUAAGGCAUAAAUAGAUAACAGUGAUCUUCACUGUUUGUGCCUGAUUGGGGAUUAGCCCCUCCACCCAGAAGGUUGAAACAUCUGUUCUAGGUGGCAGGGAAGGAAUUCACACUUCUUCGUCUACUAUUUAUCAAACAUUGUGCUUUGCAUGUGUUACCUCUUUUAUUCCUUGUAAAACGGAGAGAACAGGAAUUAAUAGUCCCAUCUUGCAUAUAAGAAAAGUGACGUACAGAAAAGUUAACCAUGUAGUAAAGGGCAAAGCCAGGAUCUGUAGGUAGUUGGCUCUGCCUCCAAAGCCUUGUUCCUUCUACCAUAAAUUGCAUGAAACCAUUUACUGCCUCGUGGUCUAAUUUGGAGGAUAUUUGAAUGGAGUUUCCUUUAAGAUUUGUAGCAAUUCAGCCUUUAAGCAGCCACUGUUCUGUUUGCUCUUUUGUCCCCUUUAAGUAUUUUGACCAAGUUUCAAAUUGUUUGACAGGCAUAUUCAGAAGGUCUUAUGAACUUACUCAAUUUUUGAAAAGCAUUGCUUUUCUUUCCUUCCUUCCUUAGUCUUUCUCUCUCUCUUUCUUUCUUUUUCUUUCUUUUUAUAGAGAUGGCGUCUCACUAUGUUGUUUUGACCAUGGUGAUCUCAAACUACUGGCCUCAGACAAGUCAUUAUCUUUUCAUUUCUCACAAUUGAGCUGAGCACAACUGAACCAUGGGGGAACACAGUCCAGACAACAACAUCAUCUACUUUAAGGCAGAGGAAGAUGAGCUGACCCCCGAUGAUAAAAUGCUCAGGUUUGUGGAUAAAAAUGGACUGAUGCCUUCCUCAUCUGGAACUGUUUAUGAUAGGACCACUGUUCUUAUUGAGCAGGACCCUGGCACUUUGGAGGAUGACGAUGAUGACGGACAGUGCGGAGAACACUUGCCUUUUCUAGUAGGGGGUGAAGAGGGUUUUCACCUGAUAGAUCAUGAAGCAAUGUCCCAGGGUUAUGUGCAACAUAUUAUCUCACCAGAUCAGAUUCAUUUGACAAUAAACCCUGGUUCCACACCCAUGCCGAGAAAUAUCGAAGGUGCAACCCUCACUCUGCAGUCGGAAUGUCCGGAAACGAAACGUAAAGAAGUAAAGCGGUACCAAUGUACCUUUGAGGGCUGUCCCCGCACCUACAGCACAGCAGGCAACCUGCGAACCCACCAGAAGACUCACCGAGGAGAGUACACCUUUGUCUGUAAUCAGGAGGGCUGUGGCAAGGCCUUCCUUACCUCUUACAGCCUCAGGAUUCACGUGCGAGUGCACACGAAGGAGAAGCCAUUUGAGUGCGACGUGCAGGGCUGUGAGAAGGCUUUCAACACACUGUACAGGCUGAAAGCACAUCAGAGGCUUCAUACAGGGAAAACGUUUAACUGUGAAUCUGAAGGCUGCAGCAAAUACUUCACCACACUCAGUGAUCUGAGGAAGCACAUUCGAACCCAUACAGGGGAAAAGCCAUUUCGGUGCGAUCACGAUGGCUGUGGAAAAGCAUUUGCAGCAAGCCACCACCUUAAAACUCACGUCCGUACACAUACUGGUGAAAGACCCUUCUUCUGCCCUAGUAAUGGCUGUGAGAAAACAUUCAGCACUCAAUACAGUCUCAAAAGUCACAUGAAAGGUCACGAUAACAAAGGACACUCAUACAGUGCCCUUCCACAACACAAUGGAUUAGAGGAUACAAAUCACUCACUUUGUCUGAGUGACUUGAGCCUUCUGUCCACAGAUUCUGAAUUGCGAGAAAAUUCCAAUACAACACAGGGCCAGGACCUCAGCACAAUUUCACCAGCAAUCAUCUUUGAAUCAGUGUUCCAGAAUUCAGAUGAUACAGCAAUUCAGGAAGAUCCUCAACAGACAGCUUCCUUGAUUGAAAGUUUUAAUGGUGAUGCAGAGUCAGUCAGUGAUGUUCCGCCAUCCACAGGAAAUUCAGCAUCUUUAUCUCUUCUACUUGUACUGCAGCCUGGCCUCUCCGAGCCACCCCAGCCUCUACUACCUGCCUCAGCUCCGUCUGCUCCCUCCCUAGAACCUGGCUCCCAGCAAGCUGCAUUUGGCAACCCCCCUGCCCUCUUACAACCUCCAGAAGUGCCUGUUCCCCACAGCACACAGUUUGCUGCUAAUCAUCAAGAGUUUCUUCCGCACCCCCAGGCACCACAGCCCAUCGUACCAGGACUUUCUGUUGUUGCUGGGGCUUCUGCAUCAGCAGCAGCAGUGGCAUCAGCUGUGGCAGCACCAGCCCCACCACAAAGUACUACUGAGUCCCUGCCAGCCAUGGUCCAGACUCUGCCCCUGGGUGCCAACUCUGUCCUAACUAAUAAUCCCACAAUAAGCAUCACCCCAACUCCCAGCACAGCUAUCCUGCAGUCCAGCCUAGUCAUGGGAGAACAGAACUUACAGUGGAUAUUAAAUGGUGCCACCAGUUCGCCACAAAACCAAGAACAAAUUCAGCAAGCAUCUAAAGUUGAGAAGGUGUUUUAUACCACUGCAGUACCAGUAGCCAGUAGACCAGGGAGCUCUGUCCAGCAGAUUGGCCUCAGUGUUCCUGUGAUCAUCAUCAAACAAGAAGAGGCAUGUCAGUGUCAGUGUGCGUGCCGGGACUCUGCAAAGGAGCGGGCGUCCAGCAGGAGGAAGGGCUACUCCUCCCCACCACCCCCUCCACAGCCAAGCCCCCAGGCUCCUGAUGGGCCCAGCUUGCAGCUCCCAGUGCAGACUUUCUCUUCAGCCCCUGUUCCCCGGUCACCAUCCUCCACCAUGCCCUUCUCCUGUGAGCAAAGCCGACAAGCAGAGGCUCCUUCAGACCCUCAGACAGAAACGUUAAGUGCCAUGGAUGUGUUACAGUUUCUAUCCCUUCAGAACAUGGACACCCCGUCCAAUCUGAUUCCCCUUGAAGCACUACUGCAGAGGGAGGAGGAGAUGGGCCUCACCAGCAGCUUCUCCAAGUGAAGGGCCAUGUGUGCUCACCUCCAGGAAAAAGAGGGUGAGCAGGAGGCAUGAGGUACAAUGCCUGCCAUCAUGGGUCAGAAAUUUGAAGGAUGAAGAAAUUUACUGUUUGAAAUCCUCACCUUUCAGACGUAUUUUCUUUAUUCACAUCCCAGGAACUAAUCUUUGGAAAAAAACAAAAAAUAACAAAAAAAGCUAAGUUAUAAGUGAACUGUUUGGCUGCACUGUAUGUCACUUUUGCUUGUUGUCAUGUGAACUUGGAAACUAAGGUUACUCGUAUGCAUAAAAAUUCUAAAUGAAAGGAUGUGGUUUCCAUCAAUCUGAGGCUGCCCAUCACUUGCACUGGGGUCUUUGUGGAUUGGGCAGGAGAGUUCAGUGUGUUGGGUGUUGUUCCUUCUUGUGUGUCUUUUGAAUCUGAGGCUGACAUUUGCUUGGAAGGCCAGACCCUUGCUCCAUCAGAGAGGGCAGUGGCAAAGGCCAGUGAGGCAGCUGUGAGUUGGUCAGGGUUCAGGUGAGAUGGUGUUGUCAUUUGUGCUUAGUGUUGGUGGAGCUCAGGGUGGAUAACACGGGUCGUUCUGCAGCCCGCUUCAGCACAAAUAGGCAGCUUCAGGCCCUGCUCGCAGGCUGUGGGGUUGAUCUGGUUCUGCAGAGGCCCUAGGCAGCUUGUUGAGUGCUGUCUGUCAAGGACGUGUGUGCAGAGCAGGCUCUAGCAACAUUAUCGCUGUCUUUGCCUUCCUGGUUCUUUUUCUCAGCUGGUUGCCAGGGCUUGCAGAUCGCAGUGAAUUUUCCUUGGGGAAUAUCACUGUUUCUUCCUAGAGUGAACAUGUGGUUUAUGGUCAGUUGCUGUUUGGUGGUCUGCCUUCUUUUUAAUGGUAUUUUCUUCCUCAGAGCAGAAGGGCUGCAUUUUGCUUAUCAGGAGAAGGUACAGAUUGAAGGGAAUUCGUAUGAGGUGGCAUGUAAUUGGCAGGCCAGGAGUCCUGUUUCCAGGUUCUAGCCAGGCUUUGGGUUGCCCCCUCCAUCUCUGCCCCUCCCCGCCUGGAUUUUGCAUACAGCCUCAUACAGUGCAAACAAAGAUGUGACUUGCUCAGCUUAAUCAUGUGAUUUAUUAAAAAAAGAAAAAAAAAAAAAGAAAAAACACAAAACGAUGAUCUUCUACUCAGGGUAUAACAAAACAAAACAAUUCCCUUUCCACCAAAAAGCCUGAAAUGUUGCAAUAAGUUAUCUCAUUUGGAAUGUUUCAUUAAGUUGUGAUAUAGGAAAAAAUUGUGUGUGUGUGUGUGUGUGUGUGUGUGUGUAUAGAAUUAUAUCCAUCUGUCUGCCUUUGGCUCCAAGUCAUUGCCUCGUAAAAUAAAAGAUAAGAUACAAUCCACACUAGCAUGAAAAGUUUUUCUCAACAGGCUAUAUUAACAUAGUCAUGAGUGCUCACCAAACUCACCAAGCUCAGAAGCCAGGCAUGACCUGAGGUGCAGAAUAGGCCUCUGCCUCCCAAGAGCCUUUUCCCUGCCCUAAGCAAGGAGCAGUGUUCCACAAACAAGGCUGCUCUUCCAAGCCAACAGUGUCAGGCAGGAAGCAGCCAUAAUUUUGCCUUGCAUUUUCAUUCCCUAAUGUAAAGGGAUCUGCAUUGGUCACUCUCCUAUUCUCUGAGCCAUUGCUCAGGGCCAGCCGAGAUAUGAUUGAGAGCAGAUGAUUGACCUUGGAGCCAGAGGCCCUCCCUUGCCUUUAGCCAGGAUGUUCAGGGACAGACAAAGAGGGCAGUGGUGGUGAAUGUAGUUACUGCCAUGAGGAAAAAUGGUCUUAACUAUAAGAAGUCAAUUUCUCAUUCCAGGACCCUAGCCAGGGGAAUUGAUUUUUUUUUUUUAGCUGGAGUUUCACUCUUGUUGCCCAGUCUGGAAUGUAGUGCCGAGAUCUCAGCUCACUGCAACCUCCGCCUCCCAGGUUCAAGAGAUUCUCCUGCCUCAGCCUCCCAAAUAGCUGGGGCUACAGGCAUGCACCACCACACCUGGCUAAUUUUGUAUUUUUAGUAGAAAUGGGGUUUCUCCGUGUUGGUCAGGCUGGUCUUGAACUCCCAACCUCAGGUGAUCCGCCCACCUUGGCCUCCCAAAGUGCUGGGAUUACAGGUGUGAGCCAACUGCCCAGCCUAGGGAAUUGACUUCUUUUUGACCUUCUGCACUCCCCUCCCCAAAAGGCUUGUGGCUUCUGGUGACCAUUGACUUCAGCAGAAGUUGGUAAGGCAGGAGGAAUCUCCUGUUUACACAGUGGGUUAGUCCUCCUGGAAAACCACCUGCUUAGUGUGAGAUGUCCUUGGCUGUCUCAGCCUCGCAUCCAUAGGAAGCUUUGAGAUACGGCCCUUGCUGUUUACAACUUCUGAGAGAGGAGUGAUGGGACCCCAAACUAAGCUUGUAUUAGAGGGCAGUAAUGACCCUCCCAUAUGCCCAUCCUAUGGUCACCUGGGAUUUGGGUUCCCUGGGAGCGGAGGUGGGAAAUAGGAGCCCAGGGAAUGCCAUUUGAAGCACCCGUGGUUUAAUUAUCGACUUCCUGAUUAGCCGGGAAUGUGCUCAUAUUGCAGCCCUACCCACGUCAGUGGCCUUUUCACUCUCAAAGAUCAGGGGUGACGAAGCAGCAUCUUUUUUUUUUUUUUUUUAAGAUGGGGUUUCACCAUGAUGGCCAGGCUGGUCUUGAACUCCUGACCUCAGGUGAUCCACCCACCUUGGCCUCCCAAAGUGCUAGGAUUACAGGCGUGAACCACCGCGCCCAGCCAAAGCAGCAUCUUAAACAGUGUUUAGGCUGACAGAUUUUUCCAGUUGAAGAAGCUGAAGUGUCUGCCUUUUGAGGGUGACUUUAGAUUACAAGAGAGACUAUCAGAUCCAAUCAGCUUUGAAAAAUCAGGAAUGUGCUUAAAAUGCCAGUAAGUGGUUGUGAAGAUCAGGUUUAUUUCCCAGGGUAGGUAGUCUUCCUUUCCCUCCUUUUCCAGUUCUCUUUUCCUACCUGCCCUUCCCUAAGCCUGGUCUGUAGUGCCAAGGACCUUGGAGAAGAGAGGGCCCCUAGCUAAGCUGGAGCCAGAAAGAACCUUCAUGGUGAGUGUGGUUUCCCAAACCUGGGAAAUGAACCUUGGGUGAGGUAUGGGAGGGUUUGUAGAAUUCCAGUGGGUAAAAUCAAGCCUUUUUUCACUCCCAUAGUAAACUUAACCAUUUUAACCCUGUACAUUUAUCUUCCAGCUCCUACUAGCAUCUCCAAUUAGACAACCAUUUCGAAGGUGCUUAGCACCAGGGAUUGGGGUUCAUAGAUUUAGGAGGUGGUAAGGAAACUGGCUGGCACCACCAAACUACCUGAGUGAACUUGGCCCUUCCCAGGCAGGGAGGUUGGGCAUUGAGGGACAGUGGCCCAGUCUUUCCUGGCAGGGUCUGGCCAAUCUCAUGUGGGUACCACUAGUUUGGUGACAGAAGUGGUAUCAUUUAUUGAAUUCCACCUCUGUUUAGAAGGAGAUUAUGGUACAAAGCCCAGAAGGGGCCUUAAGAUGUGACGAUCUCUCCGAGUAAAAGGCAAGGGGCUUCUCUUCUUCACCUCUGGGAUAGUUGUUAGAUUGGAGAGUUUUAUUUUCAGGGUCAAGGCUGUGGACUGAUGGGGAUAUUGGAGGGUGGGUGGGUUUUCCUGAGAGACUUUGUAUAAUGCUGAAUGUGUCCAGAGGGACAAGUUUGCAGAACCUCAUAUUGGUAUAUUAAAGAAAUAAUAAAAUAAAAAAGCACUUUAGGUUAUUUUAUCUUUAACCCGAUUGCUGCAAUUUCUUUUGUGUGUGUGCGUGUGUGUAUAUAUAUAUAUAUAUAUAUAUACACACACACACUCUUUCCACAAAGUUUUAUUUUUUUGCUCAGAAUAAAAAGUUAAAUUGAGGUGUGAAAAGAAAAGCACUUACCUUGGUGCAAUAUGUGUAGCCUGAUGGUCGUUGUCCCAUGUGGCCCUGGCCUGGCCGUAUUUUUCCGCUCAGUCAGCCCUGAGCUAUGAGGCUGUCCAUAGGGAGACACUAUUAUGCAUUCUCAGCAACCGCUCAAUCUAUGCAAGCCUUCCCUGUGUGCCCCAGGGUGCCCCCUCAGGCUCUCUGAAGAACUGCUGUGGGUCCUGUUUUCUGCCGACUGUUGAGGCCCUUUUUCAUCACUUCUUGGUCUCUUGCCCUCUUUUCCCUCUUCACCAUUAUGAAAUGAAGCCUGAAAGGAAGGAACAGGUUGUUCCUAUGUAGAAACCUGGCACCUUCUAGACUUUUAUGUUUGUGAUCACAUCCAUUGUCCUUAAACACUUCUCCAGAGUCACUGAAACCAUUGAUUUGUGCAACUGCAACAGUAUUUCUCAAGAGUUUACAAUUGUCUUACACCACCAAUCAGAAAUAUGUUUGGGGAUGCAUGGGUGUUGGGGGCAACAAGAGCCAUUUCCACACUGCUCCCCAUACUACCUGUGUUGGUUCCUUAAGCAAAAAGGCCUCCAACCUUCAUUAAAUCCCAUAAACAAACAUUAAAUCCCGUGAGUCAACUUUCUUCCUUUUCUCCACCUGCCCCAUUUUGUCUUCAAUUCUCAGGCUAUAGAAUAGACAAGUUUUAAAAUGUACUUCAGCCAAAGCAGAAAGAUUUUCAUAGAUCCGCUAUGCAAAUGGUUCUGCUGUGACAUAGAUCAGAAAUUGUGUGUUCCUUCAUAUUUGGGGAUGGAGGCAACAAAACUGAAGCAUACUUCUGAUUGGUUAGCCAUCUUAGCCUGUUUCCUCUUGCAUAUUUUUUAGGGAGAGAGGGAAAGGGUCCUGUAUUUCUUCUGAUACCCUUCGGGGAAGCCGAUGAGCACUGUCUGGGCGUUUCUCACUGUUACUCCUGUUCGAGAGAGGGCUUCUCAGUCUGCACUGAAAAAAUGCAGAUUAAACUGGAUCUUUAUGUCAAUGUACACAGAACAAGCUUUUUUACUGGAAGUGAGGUUUAAAACCACACACUGCCCUUUUGGUGGUGUGCCUGUUGGGCCAAAAAUCAGGUGAUAAUGUAGUGUCACUUUCUCAGCUCAAUGCAGUUUCUACUUUUUCUUAUGGGAAAAUUUUUCAUAAAACCUUUUUGCACCAAAACCCAGGGGUGUUUUUUGCAAUAUCCUUGUUAUCCUCAUAGUGUGCCAACUCAGAGGCUUCUCUUGCCCUUUUCCUGCUGUGUUCUCAGGCCUCCCAAGGGCUGUUUGACUCAACAGUCUACAUCCUUCAUUGUAUUUUGGAGAAUGUGGAGAUGGUGGUCAGAGUUCAAGGUGUCUGUUCUUUUUUCCAUAGAACUCUUCCUAGUCCCUGUUUGGGGAAGGUGGCUGGAAACAGAUUUUUGUUGAAUAUCUGGCUCAGAUCUUCUAGCCAGGAAAGGCAAGAGCCCCCAAGAGCCCUCUUUUUCUGAUAUACACUAAUCAUUGGCCGGGGUCUUGGUGACAGUUUUUAAAAUCCCAAAUAGUUUUAUUUGGAUUAUGUAAAAGUCUAUCAAAUUUAUUUAAGUGUGAAUGAAACAUGGGAACAACGGACUUCCACUGAGCGACAUGAAAACGUUACAGGUUCAGUACUUCCAAAGGAAGAAACCUCCAAACCCAAAAAAGAAUAAAUACGAAUUUGUAUUUUUGAAGAAUGUGAAAUAAUGGUGUUUGCUUAAUUGCUCAUUUUGUAUAAACUUAAUAUUGUACUUUAAAAUAUCUGCUAAGAAGUGAAAAUUUAACUUUUUGGAAUUGAAAAAGCAAUAUUAAAUACUAAUGAAAUCCUAAUUAAAUGCUUAUUUAAA